UUAAGCACAGAAACCCCCACGGUUACAGUCUUCUCCAAAAACGGCCGGCGGUUCCUUCUUCAAGUUCAAAUACCGCCUCUCUCCAGGCCUUCUCUCUCUCUCUCUCUCUCUCUGUUACCACCAACUGAUCACGCUUCGAAAGAAAGAGGGAGAGAGUCAGUGCUCCUUCUCUCUGAUCCGAUUCGUUCCCCAACCUCAAAAACCCCAGCUCGUGGAUUCUACCAUGGACUACCCAUCUUCAGACGAGAUGGAUCUCGAUGAUGGGUGGGAGAUGCUAGAUGAUGAAGGAUUCCUUGUUGCUGGGAGGGAAUUCGUUUCUACAGAUGUUGGUCUUCAUGACAAAUCUUUAUUGGUGGAUGUCAAUUACUUCAUCUGCCCUCCUUCUCCUCCACCUCCUCGCCAUCAUCUGAUUCAAGGUCCAGCAGUGGGCAUUGAAGACGUGGAUGUCAUGCCACCUUGGUUGGAACCAAGAAUUGAGAAGAAUUUGGAGGAGGAGGAGGAAGAGGAAGAGAAGGAGAUUCCUGUUUUUAGUAUUACUUUGCAGAAGGAAAUCUUUCUGCAACAAACUGGCACUUUGCCUAAAUUCGUCGACAUAAAAGCAGCAGUGCUGCCGGAAAUAUUCCACGGCGGGGCUGCUCCGGGUGAGGAACGCUCCAUGAAUUCCGAUGAGUUCCCCGGUGUUCCCAAGUUGGUUGUUGGUCAAGAGAAGAAUGAGGGGAGCAGUAUGAUGGGUCGCACGCUGGUUGAAGGGGAGAAGAGUCAUGGAUCGGGGUUCACGAUUUGGAGGUGGAGGAUCGAGGGGAUGGGGGUUCUGUGUUCGUUCGGCCGGAUGGUAGCUGCCACCGCCGUCGCCGCCGCUGCUGCAACCAUAUGCGUCGUAGUGCUGGGAGGAAACCAGAGCCAAAAGGAACACCGACAGCAGCAGCAGCAGCAGAAGAUACAGAACCAGAAGAUCAGGUUCCACGUCUAUGCAGAUGACUCGAGGAUCAAGGAAAUACUUCACCAUGCUGGCAGAUUAAACCAGACGCUUUCAGUGUCGAGAGGGAUUCCAAUUACAGGAGCACAAAUUAGCUUUCGAAAUUAAAUAUAUAUAUAUAUAUAUAUGUGUGUGUGUUGGACCUUUAGAUGAUCCACUAAUAGAAGUCCAUGUAUAUUUAGAAGGUGAUAGCUUAUGCCUCUCAUUUGCCUUCUUCGAACUAAAUAUAAGUUUGACUUGCAAUUCUCCUCAACCUCGUCGUGUGAAAUGAGAUUAUAGUUACUUAUUUAGCAUAUAAUAGGCACUUGAUAUAUUUUAAUGUAAAAUUCAUGGUUGUGACGGUUGAUGGUA